GGCAUUUUGGGCAGCAGGGGUGCGUGGGGGGGUGCAGAGCUCGGCCCCCCCCGCUCCGGCACAUCCGCUGCGCGGGGCAGGAAGUUGGGGGGGGCUCCCCCAUCUCGGAGCGCACCCGCGGCAUCGGGACCCGCUCUGGUUUCACCCACUGAUGGCUGCCCCGCGAUGGCACCCGCUGCUGCUGGCGCUGGCGGGGCCGGCGGCCGCCGGGGACCCCGCGGUGGCCCGCAAUGACCGGGCGGUGGCCGCGCUGCUGGGGCUGCUGCUGUGCCUGGCGCUGGGGCUGGCGCUGGCCUGGCACCACCUGUGCCGCCUCUCGGCCGGCCGGUACUACCCCCGGCCCCUGGGCCGCCGGGCGCUGCAGCUGCUGCGGGGGCAAUGGCACCGGCUGCGCUCACCGCGGGAGCCCGCCGCGGGCCCCGGGGACGGGCACGGGGAGGUGGCCGUGCGGGACGAGGAGGAAGAGCUGAUGCCCUGGAGCCUGGAGCGGCGGCCGCAGCAGGAGGAGGAGGAUGAGCAGGAGGAGGAUGAGCGGGCGGAGGAUGAGAAGGAGGAGGAUGAGGAGGAGGCCGAGGCAGCGCCAGAGGGCGGGGAGAGCCCCCUGAGUGAGGGGCAGGCGGCGGGGGGCAGCGCCGAGGCUCUGCUCAGUGACCUGCACGCCUUCUCGGGGACAGCGGCCUGGGGGGACGCGCGGCCACACGUCACCGCCUUGUGACAUCACCGUCCUGACGUCACCACCCUUUGAUGUCACCUCCCUGUAGUGUCACCUCCUUGUAAUGUCGCUGCCCCGUAAUUUCACCUCCCUGUAGUGUCACUGCCCUGUAGUGUCACCUCCUUGUAGUGUCACCUCCCUGUAGUGUCACCGCCCUGUAGUGUCACUGCCCUGCCAGUAAAGGGACCCCUUCUCUGACCCCUGCCAGCCCCCAGCCAAGGCUCCUGUUGGCUGCAGGAGCCUUGUCCGAAUUUGCACUGACCAAUAAAAGAGCGGCUUUGGGGGCAGAGCA